GGCUGCGUCCCCGGCCGAGCGUGGCCCUCGGGCCCUGGGAAGGGGUCCCUGAAACACACACGAUCCCGCGUUCAGUCCGCUGCGAGCCGGCCCACGGGGCCCUGGAACCCACUCAGACCCCGAACUCCCCGCGGCCGCCUGUGCGCCCAGCGGUGGAGUCGAUACUCCCGAAGCUGUCAUUUGUCUUCCGGGACAUUCGCGUGGCACAUGUUUGCCGCCCACAGCAGGAGUAGCGGGGGGAGGCACGCAGGUUCGCCCGGCGGAGGAGGCCAGCCAAGACCGGGGAUGGGCUCUUCGGGAACUUUGAGCUCUCUGGAGCCUCCCGGAACUUGCUCCCUCAGCUUCACGGUGCACAGGUUGGAUGUUUUGGCUGUGCCCCAACGCGCGCGCCACUAACUUAACUCCUUAAGUUAGGAGCCCGGAGGAUGCCGAGUCCUUUGGAAAAACUCACUUCCAGCCUUGCAUCUGCUGAAAGUUAAGUUUUGUCGAAUACUUUGUGACAGCUAAUUUGCCGAGUAGUGUGGCCGAUCGUUUUAAGAGAGCGCUGUUCAACAAGGUCUUUGGCAAGAGUGGGGCAGUCUUCUGAUCCGUUUGGGGAAAAUGGAAGAAGGGAGUGCUUGGCCUCUGUAGUACUGUCUGGGGGCAGAGCAGCGUCUCAUCAUUUCUUCUUUGAGACUCACCUCCCCUGUUGCCUGUGGAUGGGAGUCUUGGCCCGAGAAUUUUACAGCCUGAGCACGCGUGUGGAGCACAGCCAGCUCUGUGUCCCAAAGGCUGGAACUCCUCCCUGGUUUGGGGUGGGAAAUGCUCACAUGUUGUAAGAAAGCUCGGUAGAAUCCUUUCAGAGAGCAAACAGGUAAGCUGUGGCCUUGCUCGUGUUUAAGAAGGUUUUUUUUUUACUUUUUCACAGCUACAGAUCAUCUCAAGAAUUGUGGGUACCGAUGGAUGUGGCCGAGAGCCCUGAACGGGACCCUCGCUCUCCAGAGGACGAAGAGGAGGAACAGCAGAGGCUCUCGGACGAUGACAUUCUGAGGGAGAGCGGGUCUGAUCAGGACUUCGGCGGAGCUGGGGGGAGGGGUUCCGAUCUGGAGGAUGAAGACCACGCCGCCCCGGGACUGAGCCAGGAGGAGGAGGAGAGUCACUCUGACGAGGAGGACCAGGACCCAAGCAGAGGCCCCGCGAGCCCCCCUCGCGGGGAGGAAGAGCGCGCGAGCGACCUGAGGGACGAGGCCUCGUCGGUCACCAGGGACCUGGACGAGCAUGAGUUAGACUACGACGAGGAGGUCCCCGAGGAGCCGGCCCCUGCCGGGCAGGAAGACGAGGCUGAGAAGGCUGGCGCUGAGGAUGACGAGGAGAAGGGGGACGGGGCUCCUGGGGAUGAGGGGGCUGCGGGUGCUCACGGCCUGGAAGACAAGGAGCCCCUGGAGACCGCCAAGGAGAAGAGCAAGGAGGACGAUGACGGGGAGCUGGACGACGGGGAGCUGGAUGAUGACGAUCUGGAGGAGGGCGAAGUAAAGGACCCCAGUGACAGGAAGGUGAGGCCGCGUCCCACCUGCCGAUUCUUCAUGAAAGAUGUUGGGACAGCGUUGUCCACUCCUCUUCCACCAAUAUCACAUUCCAUACCACUCAGAGGCCAGGUUAAAGGGAACUGCACGUGGGGAAUGAACUGUAGGUUUAUACACCCCGGAGUCAACGACAAGGGCAACUAUUCCUUAAUCACCAAAGCCGAACCUUUCCCGCCUAAUGGUGCCCCACCUCUUGGACCUCACCCGCUGAUGCCUGCCAACCCCUGGGGUGGGCCCGUAGUUGAUGAAAUUUUGCCUCCACCCCCUCCAGAGCCCCCCACGGAGAGUGCCUGGGAACGAGGACUCCGGCACGCGAAGGAGGUUUUAAAAAAAGCAACCAUUCGAAAAGAACAGGAGCCCGAUUUUGAAGAGAAAAGGUUUACGGUGACCAUCGGCGAAGACGAACGGGAGUUUGACAAGGAAAAUGAAGUUUUCCGGGAUUGGAAUUACCGCAUCACGAGGGAUGUCCGAGAGACAGCACUGGAGCCUUAUGCAGACCCGUACUACGACUAUGAAAUCGAGCGCUUCUGGCGUGGCGGGCAGUACGAGAACUUCCGGGUGCAGUACACGGAGACAGAGCCGUACCACAAUUACCGGGACCGGGAGCGCGAGCGCGAGCGCGAGAACCGGCAGCGGGAGCGCGAGCGGGAGCGCGAGCGGGACCGCGAGCGGGAGCGCCGGCAGCGGGAGCGCGAGCGCGAGCGGGAGCGGGAGCGCGACAAGGAGCGGCAGCGGAGGAAGGAGGAGUGGGAGAGAGAGCGAGCCAAGCGCGACGAGAAGGACCGCCAGCACCGAGACCGCGACCGCGAGAAGGAGCGCGAGAAGGAGAAGGAGAAGCCGAAGCCCCGCUCCCCGCAGCCGCCCAGCCGUCAAACUGAGCCACCAAAGAAGGAGGCCACCGCUGCCGGCCCGCAGGUGAAGCGAGCAGACGAGUGGAAGGACCCCUGGCGUCGGUCCAAGUCUCCCAAGAAGAAACUCGGGGUGUCCGUCUCCCCCAGCCGGGCACGAAGGCGUCGGAAAACAUCCGCCUCGUCGGCCUCUGCCUCCAAUUCCUCCAGGUCCUCGUCGCGGUCGUCCUCUUACUCCGGCUCCGGGUCGUCCCGGUCGCGCUCCCGCUCCUCCUCCUACAGCUCCUACUCCAGCCGGUCUUCCAGACACAGCUCGUUCUCAGGCAGCCGCUCCAGGUCCCGGUCCUUUUCCUCGUCCCCGUCCCCGUCCCCAACGCCUUCCCCACACAGACCUUCCGUCAGAACCAAGGGGGAGCCGGCCCCGCCUCCCGGGAAAGCAGGAGAGAAGUCCAUGAAGAAGCCAGCCCCUCCUCCAGCCCCACCGCAGGCCCCUAAGACCACCGCUCCGGCCCCCGAGCCCGCCAAGCCAGGAGACCCUCGGGAAGCCAGGAGGAGAGAGCGGCCAGCUAGGAGCCCCCCCAGGAGGCGGACCAUCAGCGGCAGCGGCAGCGGCAGCAGCUACAGCGGCUCUAGUUCCAGAUCCAGGUCCCUGAGCGUGAGCAGCGUCUCCUCGGUGUCCAGCGCCACGUCGAGUAGCAGCUCGGUGCACAGUGUGGACUCAGACGACAUGUACGCAGACCUGGCCAGCCCCGUGUCCUCAGCCAGUUCGCGGUCCCCCACCCCAGCCCAGACCAAGAAGGAGAAAGGAAAGUCUAAGAAGGAAGACGGGGUUAAAGAGGACAAGCGGAAAAGGGACUCCUCAGCACAGCUGCCCAAAUCCUCGAAGCCUUCUGCAGGCGGGAAACCCCCGCAGCCCGCGGCCCCCCAGCAGGCGCCCCCCGGGCAGCCCCAGCAGGGCUCAUUCGUCGCCCACAAGGAGAUCAAGCUGACGCUGCUGAACAAGGCGGCUGACAAAGGGAGCCGGAAGCGGUAUGAACCCUCGGACAAAGACAGGCAAAGUCCUCCUCCGGCCAAGCGUGCUAACUUGUCCCCAGACCGAGGUUCUCGGGACCGCAAGUCAGGUGGGAGACUCGGCUCCCCGAAGCCAGAGCGGCAGAGAGGCCAGAAUUCUAAGGCACCCGUGGCCCCCCCUGACAGGAAGCGCCAGCUGUCACCCCAGUCCAAGAGCUCCAGUAAGGUCACGAGCGUGCCCGGCAAAGCCUCAGACGCCGGCACUGCCGCCGCUGUCUCCACCGGCACCAAAUCAGGGAAGGCCAGCACGCUGUCGCGGCGCGAGGAGCUCCUGAAGCAGCUCAAAGCCGUGGAGGACGCCAUCGCUCGCAAGCGGGCCAAGAUCCCCGGGAAGGUGUAGGGGCCCCGCGGGCUCGGCCCCCCGCCCCCCGCCAGAGUUAGAGACUCUCGUGUUUUUAUAAAUAGGGUAAGCACAGCCUUCUCGGAUUUUGAAGUUAACGUCUAAUUUUGGCUGUGAUUCUUUUUAAAAAUUAAAAAAGAAAAAAAAAGUUUCUCAGCUGGAAAAGAAGCCACACACACGUAACGAAGAUGAUGCCGAAUCCCGGUCUCCUCCCCAGCAGACCAGACCGAACCAGCCCCAGCCCAGAGCAGAAGUCCCGAGAGACAGGCAGGCAGGCCGGCCGGCGGGGGGCAGGAACAAGGACGCGGCAUCAGUUUUAUGUAAAUUAUAAGUCCCAGGCGCCCAGUUCCGCCUGCCCGGGUCUUCCCUGCCCUCUGCCAGCCAGCCUGCCCUGGGCCGGUCCUCUGCCCGCGCUCCUUCCUGCCCCGGGGUCCCGGGAGCACCUGCUCCUUACCGGCCUCCUCCCCACCCCGCCGCCCCCAGGGUCAGAAAAUAGAUAUAUAUUCUUGACUGAAGUCCGAUUGGGAAAUAUUUCCUGUCUUUUAUUUUAAGCAUCAGAUUGUUUUAGUUGAUUUAAAAAGGAAAAAAAAAUAUAGAAAAGACCAAAAAAAAAAAAAAAAAAAAAAAAAGACCGAGGGUGUUGUUGGGCGUCUGUCUAAUGUGGAGGGUCUUUUUUUGAGGGGUCUCCUAAAAUAAAGUAUUUUGAUAAGCAGCCGUCUCGCCCCGGUGGUGAUUACGUGGACCCGGGCCUCCACUGUCGCCCGCCCCACGGCGCCCACUGGGCCCACCUGGCAGGUUAGCGGCCUCCAGCUGCUGGAGGCUGGGGACACGGGGGCCCCCCCCCUGGGUGG